AUGCAGCUUCGUGUCUACACUUCUCUUGCCCUCUUCGCCGCCACUGCCAUGGCUGCCUCGGCCUCUAGCUCUGCUGCUGCCGCCACCUCUACUUCCACCGAUCUUACUGCUGGUGUUCCCACAUGCGGUCUCCCCUGCAUUUCAUCCGCUGUUCAAUCAUCGGGCUGCUCUGCCAGCGACCCCGUCUGCCUCUGCACAACCGGCUCCAAGGCCUUCCUCGCCGCCGGAACCCAAUGCCUUCUCCAGAACUCCGACUGCUCUGCCCAAGACCUCCAGAGCAUUCAGAGCCUUGCCAAGUCGCGUUGCGCUACUCUUCUCGCCAGCACUGGUGGUUCUGCCGACGUCUCGGCUUCUGCUGCCAUGGCUUCAUCCACUGUUUCUGGCUCUGCUUCCAAGGCUAGUGCUUCGGCUGCAGCAACUGGUGGUGCUGUCCAGGUUGGUGCCAGCAUCAUGGCCAUUGGCGCCGGUGCUCUUGCCUUCAUCCUGUAA